CUGGGGUCAAUAGGGAGUCCCUGGAGAAUAGUGGACAGACAGGGAGGGAGGCUUGUCCUGGUGGGACCUGACUUCCAAGGGGAAAGCCUAAGCCCCAAGUAAACCACUUGGUCAACUCCUAAGGAGAGAAGUUUCGAAUUUUAACUUUGAAGAUUCACUCAAGUAAACUCCUUGUAAAAGUUAACUUUGCUGGAGAAACAGUCCCCUCAAGGCCUUCAAAGGCACCCAUUCUUUGAGCCCUAAAACCGGGUUGUGGGAGAGGGCUGGAGACGGCCCACACCCGCCCCCUUGCCCUCCAGGAGUCUGGACUGGAGCGCCCAAAUCGGGCUACCGAGGGAGGGCCACCUGUCGGGACACCCGGCGCCCUGCUCUUUGGGCUAGCCCUCUAACAGAGGCAGAGCCGCUGGAUCUUUGGCCUGUCCUUGAGCGUUGACCCGGAGGUGACCCCCCCAGCAGGGCCUGACUGACCCCAGGUGACCUCGGGCAGGCCCAGCUAGCCCUUUCGUGCCCCGCGGAAUGGUGCGGCUGGGCUUCCUGGAAUCAGCUGCGCGGGCCCAGGGCCUGGAGGGAGCUCCAGGUGAGGGAGAACGUGACCUUCUCGUAUCCGCCAGGCCCUCGCAAUACCUGGCGCACCUGGGCGGCCUAGCUCGGCGAGGGGCCCCGGGCCUAGCGAGGCCCGAGGGGCGAGGCUGGGGGUGGGGGCUGGGGCUGGGGUGUGUGUGUGUUUUCUCCUCUUCCUCCUCUGAUCUCUCCCCAAACCAAUCAGGCCAGCUGAGCCGGGCCGAUCCUCCCCUCCCCAGGUCCCUCCCCCACCUCCCCCCAGGAGCCAAUGCCCGCUCCCUAGGGGAGCCGCCUCCAGUCACGUGGCCUAGACCGGGGCAGGUAACUCCUGGGAGGGCGGGGGCGGGGGCGGUGGGGGGAGUCGGAGCUGGCUGGGUGCUUGCCAUGAAGCCAGAGGGGAAAAGCCCGAGCGCGGUCAUCUCGCUUCCACUCGGCCCGGAACGCAGAGGAGGUGGAGGUGGGGGUGGAAGGAGAGCCCGGCAGCCCUGGCUUCAGCCCUCCCCUCCCCGGGCCAUGACGCCGCCGCCUCCUUCUCCGCACCCUGACUCUCUGGUGGUCUUGUUUGGGGCAACCGCUGGUGCUCUGGGGGCUAAACUGGGCUCAGAUGAGAGGGAACUAAUUCUCUUGGUGUGGCAAGUUGUGGAUCUUCACAGCCGGAAGGUGGGGACCCUGCACAAGUCCCUGGUGCGUGCGGACGACCCGGAGCUGAGUGAGCAGUGCCGGGAGGCCAGCGGGCUGAGCGCUGAGGGGCUGGGCCGAGCCGAGCCGCUGGACAAAGUGCUGCAGCAGUUCUCCCAGCUGGUGUCCGGCGACGUGGAGCUCCUGGGCGGAGGCUCGUACACGCUGUGCACCGACGGGCCGCUGCUCGUGCGCCAAGUGCUCCACCCGGAGGCCUCCAGAAAGAACCUGGUGCUGCCCGACGCCUUCUUCUCCUUCUACGACCUGCGCCGAGAGUUCCAUGGCCGGCGCCCCGAGGCCGGGCCUGCCCGAGACCUCAGCGUCUCCACCAUGGCCCAGAACCUGGGCCUGGAGACGGACGCGGCCGAGGACGACUUUGGGGUGUGGGAAGUGAAGACCAUGGUGACCAUCGUCUGCCACCUCCUCUCAGAACAAAAUCAUACGUUCACGGAGCCCGAGAUCGUCAAGUGCAAGUACGACUCGGGACCCUGCAAGGCCGAGGUGGUGGACAACGAGACGGUGGUCCGUGCGAGGGGCCUCCCCUGGCAGUCGUCCGACCAGGACAUCGCCCGCUUCUUCAAGGGGCUCAACAUUGCCAAGGGCGGCGUGGCCUUGUGCCUGAAUGCCCAGGGCCGGAGGAACGGGGAAGCGCUCGUCCGCUUCGUGGACUCGGAGCAGAGAGACCUGGCGCUGGAGCGGCACAAGCACCACAUGGGCGCCCGCUACAUCGAGGUCUACAAAGCCUCAGGGGAGGAGUUCCUCAAGAUCGCAGGGGGCACGUCCCACGAGGUGGCCCAGUUCUUGUCCCGGGAGGACCAGGUGAUCAUCCGGAUGCGGGGGCUGCCCUUCACAGCCACCCCGGGGGACGUGCUGGCCUUCCUGGGGCCCGAGUGUCCGGUGACGGGCGGUCCUGAGGGGCUGCUCUUUGUCCGCUACCCGGAUGGGCGCCCCACGGGGGAUGCCUUUGCCCUGUUUGCCUGCGAGGAGCUGGCCCAGGGCGCACUGCGCAAGCACAAGGGCAUCCUCGGCAAACGCUACAUCGAGCUGUUCCGGAGCACGGCGGCCGAGGUCCAGCAGGUUCUGAACCGCUACAUGUCGAGCCCGCUGAUCCCCACGCUCCCGGCCCCGCUGAUCCCAGUGCUGCCCGCCCCCUUCCCCUUGGCAGGCGCGGGCGUCCGGGACUGUGUCCGCCUCCGGGGUCUGCCCUACACGGCCAGCAUCGAUGACAUCCUGGGCUUCCUGGGGGAGGCGGCCGGGGACAUCCGGCCCCACGGGGUCCACAUGGUGCUCAAUCAGCAGGGCCGGCCGUCUGGAGACGCCUUCAUCCAGAUGAAAUCUGCCGACCGAGCCCUGGUGGCCGCCCAGAGGUGCCACAAGAAGAUGAUGAAGGAGCGUUACGUGGAGGUGUUUCCCUGCUCCGGGGAGGAGAUGAGCCUCGUGCUGAUGGGGGGCUCGCUGAGCCGCAGCGGCCUGUCCCCCCCACCCUGCAAGCUGCCCUGUCUCUCUCCCCCCACCUACGCCGCCUUCCAGACAGCCACGGCCGUGAUCCCCACCGAGGCGACGGCGGCCCUCUAUCCCCCGUCGGCCCUCCUCCCCGCGGCCAGGGCUCCCUCAGCCCCCACCCCUGUCACCUACUACCCCCCGCCGGCCACACAGCUCUACAUGAACUACACGACAUAUUACCCCAGCCCCCCGGUGUCCCCUACCACGGUGGGCUACCUCACGGCCCCCUCGACCGCUGUGGCCCCCGCGCCAGCCUCAGUCCUGCAGCAGCCCGGGGCGCUGGUGAGGAUGCAGGGGCUCCCCUACACAGCUGGCGUCAAGGACAUCCUCAGCUUCUUCCAGGGCUACCAGCUUGCCCCUGACGACUACGCCAAUCUGGUCCCCGUGGGUGACCCCCCUCGGCCCGUGCUGCAGGCCCCCAAAGAGUGGGUGUGCUUGUAGCUGUGAGGGCCCCAGAAGCUCCCGGCAGACUCUGUCCUGGUCCUCCACAGCUUCAGCGGCCGGCCUCGGGGCGAUGCUCUGGUCACCUUCCCCAGCUUGGAUGCCGCCCGAAGGGCCGUGGCCGAGGAGCACGGCCGGACUCUGGGCGGUCAGCACGUCCAGCUCUCCCUGGUGUGAGCCACGGCCGCCACACGCUGGGAGAGGGGGCCGGACCCCACGGGCUGGGAUGCCCCAGUGCCUUGGAGGGGAGGGGAAGGGGGGGCUCUUCCCUCCUCCCCCACCUGUACCCCUCACCCUCUUGUAACCACCUCUCCUUGUCUCCUGCUCCCCAGCCUUUGAACCCCUCAGAGGCGGACCCCAGUAGUGCCAGGCCCUCCAGGGCCCACCCCAAAGCAAGGCCUCAAGUUUGGGAGGAUGCCUGCCCUGCUUUGGCCACCAGAGCCCUUUUAAGUUAUGUUUUUGUUUUGUUUUGUUUUUUAAUUUAAGCCAAUUAAGCAGAAGGGAGUCCCUGUUUACACAUGUGUCCAUUGUGCCUCUCUGUGGGACUGUUCUGGUCAAGACUGUGUGGGAAUGGGGCCUGUGGGCCUCCUUCCCCCUCCCCCACUGGGACCCCGAGGGCACACAGCCUUAAUAAAAGAUGGAAACCACA